AUGCCGGAGAGGCGCUCGCUGCGAUCCAACAACAAGCCGGACGCUAAUGGUGAGAAGGCCCGGUCCAACUCCCAGAAAGACACGGCCGCACCCACCACUCGUGCCGCUGCCGCCAAACAAGCCAAGUCGGCUCCGGCUAAGAAAGGCGCCUCGGCCAAGGGCGCGUCGAACAAAGACAUGGGCGAGAACGAUCACCUCAAUGGGAAUCCGGUCGAGAACGGUGUGAAUGGCUCCGAGGAUGUGGAGAUGGGUGAGGAUACGGCAGGUGCGGCUCCAUCCUCACAGAGCAACACCAGCAAGGAUCGGAAAGGUAACGAGAAGAUGACUGUUGUAGUGCCCCCGACCAAGGGUUCCAGAUCAUCCGGCAAGGCUGCCCAGGAUAAGGAGGAGGAUGUGACGAUGGAAGGUGCUGAGGAUGAGGACGCUGAGAAGACCGAGCCCGAGAUCGACCCGACGGCCAAGGCGAUUCAAGACAUCAAGAACAACUUCACUUUGCUCGAGCGAGCCGUCACCCACUUUGAUCCCAGAUUCACCCUCCGUGUCCUGCGGUCGAUCUCCUCGAUGCGGAAAUACAUCACCCCCGAGGUCCUUUCCGAAGUCGUCGUCGACACGUAUCCUGCCUCCAGCCCCACGGCAUCAUUCUUGCUCGAUGCGAUCGACCAGAGUGGAGCCUUUGAAAGUGCGCUGGCCAGCUCGAAGAUGGACGUGGAUACGGACAAGAACAAGGCUGCUCCCAAGGAGAUCCUCCCCGAGGUGGACGCGUACCUGUCCAUCCUGGUUCAGAUCUACCUGUUCGACGAGCGGGAGAUCCAGAAGGGAGCGCAGUUCUCGAUAGAUCUGAUCGAGCGUCUGCGCACUCUCAACCGCCGUACGCUGGAUUCUCUGGCAGCCCGUGUGUACUUUUAUUACUCUCUGUUCUAUGAGCAAAUUGCUCCGCUCCCUCCAUCUCCCUCGGCCGCUGUGACGACGAUCCGUCAACCGCUGCUGGCGGCCCUUCGCACUGCCGUCCUCCGCAAGGAUGUCGACACGCAGGCCACCGUGAUGACGCUGCUGCUGCGCAACUACCUCUCCACCUCGCACAUCACCCAAGCCGACCUGCUGAUCUCGCACAACCGCUUCCCCGCUGCUGCCUCCAACAACCAGAUUGCCCGCUAUCUCUUCUACCUCGGUCGAAUCCGCGCCAUCCAGCUGCAAUACACCGAGGCCCAUAGCCAUCUCAUCGGGGCCACCCGCAAGUCUCCCGCUAGCCACAGUGCGCGCGGGUUCUAUCAAGCCUCUCACAAGUUGCUGGUGGUGGUCGAACUGUUGAUGGGUGAUAUCCCGGACCGCUCGAUUUUCCGCCAGCCGACUCUGGAGCGGGCGAUGCACCCAUACCUCUUGCUUACCCAGGCCGUCAGCGUUGGUGACCUGGACGGAUUCUUGAACAUCGUCAACACGCACAGCGCAGCUUUCCGGAAGGAUGGCACAUACACUCUCAUCCUGCGUCUGCGGCAGAAUGUUAUCAAGACCGGAAUCCGGAUGAUGUCGCUGUCCUACUCCCGCAUCUCUCUGCGGGAUAUCUGUCUCCGUCUGGGACUGGACAGCGAGGAGUCGGCCGAGUAUAUUGUGGCCAAGGCCAUCCGGGACGGUGUGAUCGAGGCGACAUUGGACCACGAACACGGGUUCAUGAAGAGCAAGGAGGUUGGCGACAUCUAUGCCACCCGGGAGCCCGGCGAGGCGUUCCACGAGCGCAUCCGUGCUUGUCUGGCUCUGCAUGACGAGAGUGUCAAGGCCAUGCGGUUCCCCAUGAACCAGCACCGUUUGGAGUUGAAGAGUGCCCAAGAGGCCCGGGAGCGAGAGCGGGAGCUGGCCAAGGAGAUCCAGGAAGGAGACAUGGACGACGAGGAUGCUGGAGGUGAUUUCGACGCCAUCUAA